GCAGUAACGCUCUCGCGACCGAGACGACGUCGACGCACAAGCACAGCUGAGCUUUGCUUUGGCCGCGGCGGACGUGCUUAUAGUGUGCACGACGUUUUUUUCUCUCUCUCUCUCUCUCUCUCAGAGGGAUCGUACAGCCGAUGCGCGCGCGGAAGAUCGGUUGAGUGCGACGAUUAUUACGUAAGGCUGUUUUCGAUUGUUUAUUGCUGCUUAUUAUAUCGAUAAUCCGGAGAAGAAGGAGAGUUUCGGAAGUGGAAGAGGCGAGAAGCUUGCGUCGUUCGAGCGGAGGUGUCUCUGUAGACAGCGCAGCUGCAGCAAUGGAAAGGUCCGACGAGUCGCGCGUGCCAGUCUCAUCGAAGCUGUUGUUUAGAGAUUAGAGGAUCGUUAACAGCGAAUACUCCGAGGACGAGAGUGCAAGAGGAGGUUAGAUCGGGGAAAACCAUGACACUUCGCUCGUGCCGCGGAGAAAUCGAGCGCAAGCGGUUCAGGUUCAAGCGGAAGCUUCGUUGAGAGGACCAAGACAGUUCCAUGGAGUGAGAGCUUCUUCGCUGCUGAGGACAACACGUUCAACCGUCUCUAUCGUCACCAGCCGUUCACGCACUUUCCGCACGUCCCUCAAACCGGUGUACACGAGAGAUCGGCAAGGUAAUACGCUGGCAGCUGAUAAGGCCCGUGUCUCAAAAACCUGUAAACGUCUUAAUCUCUCCCUCUCGUCGCGGCUCUCCGAAACAAACAAAACGCCGAGCGCUGAGUCAGGCUCUCUCGCUCUCGCAGCUAUACCUACAGGAAAGCAGCGGCAGCAGGCGAAGCGAGAGAGAGAGAGAGAGAGAGAGAGAAAGAGAGGGAACGCGAUCGGGCCUUAUCUCUCGGAGGGUUUUAAGGCGCUGAUGCGCGGCCUGCCACCUCAGUAGUCGUUGACAAGUCAACGCGCGACAAUCACACACACGCACACACAUACAAGCAUCAUCGGCUGCAGUUUUGGUCAGUUGAGUGAGAGUUGUGCAUAUACACGUUAGGUGCGCGCGGAUAUCGGGGCAGAGCCACGAGUGCAGCUUUCAAGGGACAAGAUCAAGUCGCGAGACCGCGGCCACCAAUGAACGCAGUGCGCGCCACGCGCCGAAGACUACGAGAACGAAGAGCCAAGAGGAGCAACGCCAAAGAGGCUGCAGAGGAACAAAGCUCCAGGGAACUGAUCUGCCCGCGCGAACUCGCGGAUCUCUUCGACCAGGAUCGUUUCUUUACCACGGGAUACUUCGACGUAAAGGGAUCUCAAAAUGGGGCUCGACUUUCUGGCAGACGGAGGUGCCGACUUCGAGCAUGCCAUCACCGUGACAGGUUUUGGAAAGUUCCACUACAUGCUGCUGGCGAUCAGCGGCCUCAUCUACAUGGACACCGCCAUAGGCGUGACGAUACUCUCGUUCGUUCUGCCGGCUGCCCAAUGCGACCUAGAGAUGGACUCAACGUCUAAAGGCUGGUUGACAGCAGCGCCGAUGUUGGGUAUGGUCAUCGGUUCGUACAUAUGGGGAUGCCUCGCCGACACCAAAGGUCGGAAGAUCGUCCUCAUAGCCACCCUACUUAUGGACGGUAUCGUCGGUAUACUAUCGUCCUUCGUUCAGUAUUUCUGGGUUUUCCUGGUCUUCCGUUUCUUCAACGGUUUCGCGGUGACCGGUGCCAUGGGAAUCGUCUUCCCUUACCUGGGCGAGUUCCAGCCGACCAAGCAACGCGAGAAGAUUCUCUGCUGGAUGGAGAUGUUCUGGACCGUCGGAGUUAUCGUACUGCCACUAAUCGCCUGGCUGAUAGUGCCACUGGACCUGUCGUACCAGACGUCGGGCUUCGACUUCAAGUCGUGGAAUCUCUUCGUGGCCCUGUGCGCCCUGCCUUCGCUGAUGCUCGGACUCUGGCUGUUCGCCUUCCCCGAGAGUCCCAAGUUCCUCCUGGAGUGCGGCGAGACCGAAGCCGCCCUCGAGGUAUUCAAGUACAUCUACGCCCAGAACACCGGCAACGAUCCUGACUCCUAUCCGAUAAAAUCUCUGCAGGAGAAGCCUAACUCGAAGGACAAGAGCACGCGAGCUCUGAAACUACACAAGCGUAAGGACCUGAAGGUCCUGGUAGCGGAAGUUUGGGAUCUGACAAAGGCGCUGUGCAAGCCGCCCUACUUAAAGAACACUCUGCUGGCCUGCGGUAUCCAGUUUGGACUGACCAGCAGCUAUUACACCCUCAUGGUCUGGUUCCCCGAGUUAUUCACCAGAUUCGAGGACUUCGAGGAGAUGCACCCGGGCGAGUCGACCUCGGUCUGCAUCGUCUCGGCUCUCGACGAGUCCAACAACUCCACCAUCCAAGACCCCUACGGCUGCGAGACCACCAUCGCCUCUUCCGUUUAUCUUCACACGGUCUACAUUGGUCUUGCCUGCGUACCGGGCUCCAUCGUUCUGCCUCUCUUCGUUCACAAGCUCGGCGCCAAAUUCUUCCUCAUCCUGUCACUGAUGGUCUCCGGCGGUGUAACGGUUGGCUUCUACUACGUGACCAACGCCAACCAGAACCUCGUCCUCUCGUGCAUUUUCGAGGCCCUGACCUCCCUCGGAAUCUCCUUGGUCUACUGCGUCAUCGUCGACAUGUUCCCGACCAACCUCAGGGUAAUGGCAGCUGCGCUCUCGCUGACAAUGGGCCGUUUGGGUGCACUGGUGGGUAACCUCGUCUUCGGAUACCUGAUCGACCUGGCCUGCGUCGUGCCGGUCGCCCUGUUCGCCGCCUUCCUCUUCGCCUGCGGCUUCCUAUCCAUCUUCCUGCCCAAAACUGGCAAGGACACCCUUGACUAGACGCGCAGAUCUUGCGGUCACUCGUUAUAUCAACAAGAAAAAGAAAAAAAGUAACGUGCUUUUUAAUUAAUUUACAUAACCGAGUGGCCGCGUUUCCCGACGAGUAUUCACGAUGUGAUAAUCGUUUUAUUAUUACCGAGUGUUAUACGCUUUAGAUUAUUAUUAUUACGAGUAGUCGAACGCGUAAACGACGGCGUUUCGUUCGAUGAGAAGAUUACUGUUAUUAUCUCCAUAUAUGUAUCGUUGAUUUUUGUUUUUCCUUUUAAUCACUUAAGUGCCUUGAGUGCGAGGAAAGACGCAAUUAUUUUACGAAGUGUCUUGACGCGCAUGUGUAUAGUUUUAGGGGGUGAUCGAUCGAUCGUCGACUGAAUGGUUUUUUUAUUCGAAACUUUGCCUUUUUACGAAAUUGUGUACAGUACGAACGCUUAGGAUUAUGUUGUAGGCGAAGGAGUGACUUUUUGACGAUAUGCAUUGAGACUACGUUCAGUCGACGAACGAUCGAUCCAAGCAAUAAUCGAACAUUAUGUAUUUUAAGCUUGUCGAUGUAUAAGUGCUUAGAAAUUUUGAAAUAUCAUAUAACGCACAAAAAGAAAUGCUAAGCCACGAGCGUCGGACGAAAGUUGAUAAUUUUUUCCCAAUGACUUUCGAUCCGACGUCAAAUUUGUUCUAAAACUUUGUAAAUACACCAUACUAUAUUUAUUUUUCGCUUAUUUUUUUUUUUCGUCGCUUUCUCGACGCCGAGAAAGCGCAUCGCGUAUGUUAUGCACGAUAAGAGAAGUUCGAUCUCGACGUAUUUGUUAUAGUGAUUACUCUCAGUAUAGCCGCAUUGUUAUUGUUAUUUCUCUGUAUAAAUAUUCUAAGCUGUUAUUGUCAUUAUACCGAAGUUUAGAGAGAACAUAUGUAUACGUAAAUAUUAUACAUUAUAUACACAUAUAUAGUUACGUUCGCUAAAUACGCUUUCGAGGUACCUAAUUGUAUACGAAUAUAUUCGUAUAUAUCAUGUAUAUCGCGUUAAGUUUGUCAAGUGUCGCUUUUUAGUUAAAUUAUUUCGAGCAUAUGAGAAAAGCUUUGCGGUCUUGGCCGUAUCAACGCUCUUGUUUAUUCGAGCUUCUAUUUUACACACUCGAGAGAAGCAUUGAUACUGCCAAAACCGUCGAGUUUUACCUUGUGUACAUGUUUUAUAGGCGUAUAAUCGAGUUGAUCCGAAGUCACGAUUGUUGACCGAGGAUUUUGAUUUAUCUUAUAAUUUAUUAGAAAUGUUAGGGUUAAAAUAAAAAUAUGAAUUUAAAAUAAAUUUCGAUUUAUUUACUGAA